CACCUAGUUUUCCCCUGCUCGACGUAUAGUGCAGUGUGUUAUGCGUUUGAGUUUUGUGUUUUCCUAACGUUUGUGUAGUUUUUUACCGUGAAUAAUGUGAUUGUGUUCGUUAUGGCAUUUAGAUAUCGCGAAGAUUUAGUUGGCAAGAGAUUUCUCUCAGUGAGUGGUGUUGCAAAAAUAAACGUGAAUAAAGUUUCCGAAUGGGGAUGGAAAGCUGGUGUUAUCAGAGCAGCAUCGCUGAAAGAUAACAAGAAUAAGGAACUUCAGGUGUUAGUGGAAUACGACGGUGUAGAUUGGCAGCGUCGGGAAUGGGUGCCAGUGUAUUCGCGUAAAACGUUUCGUGUGUUUCUAGUGGAGCGAACUUUAGUGUGGGCACCUCGUAAAUUAGAAAAUGAAGACAUAAAAUGGCCGGCGUUGACGUUCACCCAGCUAACGCCGGACGUGACGCUGCAGGCGGACGCUCAGCCUGUGGAGUUCUUACACGACAAGAGCCUGCAGUUCCUAGACUAUGCCAAACUGCAGGCUUAUCAGAACUGGGAGCCGAAACUAGCGGGGGCGGAGGCUGGCGUGGAGGCCGCUACCAUCACCGCCCUCGCCGCAGAGGCGGCGGAGUGGCGGACCAGCCAGGACGGCCAGCGCAUCCUCACCACCACCCCGUCUGUGCUGGGCGGCUGCCGAGCCCAGGUGUACCGCGUCGCCGGCGCCACGCAGUGGUACACCGCGGUCAUCGUUGGCGUCAAUGAGCAUACCGGGGAGCUCACUGUGACUGACGACACGGUAUUGGAGGAGCACAGCGAAGACCCCGCCCUGGUGCAGAUGAAACUCCUUGGUGAUGGAGUUAUCGAAUCAAUAAUGCGAGGGGAGGUUGUUGGUGUAAUGCCAAGGCGAUCUCGCUCGAAUUUACAACGGGUGGACAGAGAAGUGACGAAGAGUCCAGCGACCACAGGGGGCAGGAAAAAGGCAGCCGUGAGGAACAACGGACAGAUCACAUCAUCAGAGCCUGCGCCGCAGCCUGCAGGUUCACCACCGGAGCGUGAAGCCGUCGAGAUUAGUAAAAAAGGUGUCGCUGAAAGUGUGAGUGCGAGUGGUGAUGUGGUGGAGAUAAGUGAGACGAACAAGUGCGCGAAGGAGACGGAGUGCCCCAGUGGUGAAGUGAAGGGUGAAGUGAGUGCCGCGGAUGUGGCCGGCGCCGUGGCCUCCGAGGAGGACGACUGUGUGAUAGUGUGCGCGCGGGAUGCGGACGAGCGCAGCGACUCGGGCGUGAGCGGCGUGCGGGGGGGCUCGGGGGGGUCCGCCAGCUCGGUGGACGAGUGGCGAGGCAUGGCGCACUACAACGGCCCGCCGCCGCCGCUGAUGCACCUGCCGCCGCCGCCGCCGCCGGCGAUGUACGGCGAGCUGCUGUGGAAGCAGCGCUACCAGCCGCCGCUGCACGCGCCGCUGCACCAUGCGAUCGCCGACGACUAUCUCGCCGCGGCGACCUACGAUAGAGAGAGACAAGAAAGACUGUUAAGAGAGAGGGAGCAAAGAGAAAUUUUAGAUAAACAACAAAAAGAGAAAGAAAGAGAACGAAUAGAGCGGGAAAGAGAAAGAGAGAGGGAGAAGCAGGAGAGGGAGGAUAAGGAGAGGCGGGAGCAGGAGAAUGCGGCUUCGAAACUUGUAUCAAGGCACUUCGAAGAAUCCCUCAGGCUUGCUCAAAAGGUGAUUAAUAUGCGGGACCGGUCGAUGUCGUGGUCGCUGCUGAACAGCCUCGCGCCCAACCGCGGCAGCGCCGGCGCCGACCACGACCGCCUGCGCGCCGCCGAGCGGGCCUACUACUCCCCGCCCGCGCACCCGCCGCACCCGCCCCACCCCACUGACCGCCUGCCCCACCCCGACUACCCCCACCACGCCCCCCAUCCCCAGCACCCGCCCCGCGCCGCCCCGCCUAAGGACAAGCCCCACCCCCUCCCCAAGGGCGAGCCCAACUUCGCGCCCUACAACUAUCCCCCCUACCGGUACGACAAGCUGAAGGACCAGCACCUCCCCGCCCCGCCGCCCCUCGUCCCCGAGAAGAAUUCUGUGAUAGUCAAACACGACGCCAAACAAAUCCACCUGGAGCAGAAGCAUCCGUACCCGAGCAAGCCCCGGAGCGAGCCAUCCCCCCACUACCUCCCCUCCCGGCCGUACCGGACCGGCCUCUCGCCGCACGCGCCGCCGCACCCCGCGCUGCAGUCCGCGCCGCACGCCGCGCUGCCACCGCAGGACAAGGGCCGCCGCGCCUACCAGCCGCCGCCGCCGCAGCGCUCGCCCGCGCAGUACUACCAGGCCGCGCCCGCCAAGCCCAAGGUGUCCAGCCCCGCGCCGCCGCACAUAUACGGAAAGCCCGGCGGCAACUCGCCCGGCCCCGCCCACUUCGCCGUCGCCGCCGAGCCCGCGCUGCAGCUCACCAAGGCCGACCCCCCGCCCGUCCCCUACCCCCCGCCGGCCGCCUACUCGCCCGCGCCGCGCGCCCGGCCUCCGCCCGCCGCGCACUCGCGCACGCCCGAGCCGCGCCCGCAGCUGCGCGUGCACGUCGACGCCGCCGGCUCCGCCUCGCCCUGCCAGACGCAACCGCUCGACCUCGGCGUCAGCCGGGAGGACCCCGCCCGCUCGCCUCGCCGGCGGCACCCCUUCGAGCCCGCCGACACCGACGCCAAGCGGCGGCGGCUCGCGAGCCCCGCGCCCGAGCCCCUCAUCGCGGCCGCGGCGAGCGUCGGCCGGACGCCGCUGGGCUCCGAGCCCGCGCCGCAGGCUCCCGGCCCGCCCUGCGACGUGCGCGUACCCUCCGCCGACGGCAGCGUCGAGACCCCCGAGAAGGCCGCGGGGGCCUCGCCGGCGCCGCGUGUGACGCCCGCGGCGAGCCCCGCGCCCGCCACCCCCGUCCCCUCGACGUCGCCACCCGCGACGCUCGCGCCGAUGCCGCCCCCUGCGGCGACGCCCCCCGCGCCACCCGCCACGCCCCCCGUAACGACAGGGGCGGACGCCGACACGCCGGCGAAGAUUGCCUCGCCGACGCCGCGCGACGGAGCGGCGCCGGUCCGCCACCUCGGUAAGAAAGCCUGGCUGCAGAGGCACGAGACGGCGCCCAUCGGCGAGGGCGACUGCUCCGGCGGCGGCGGCACCUGCAUCACGCUGCCGAUGACCAUCGCGCGGCCCCCGGAGCCCGAGGACUCCGUCCCCAACGUCGUCGUCCCCGUGGCCACCGACUCGAUUCCGCGAGGCGCGCGCAAGACCGCCAAGCCCCGGAAGCCGAAGGAACCGAACGGGCGCGGUGAGCCUGGCGACCCCGACAGCUCGAGCUCAGAGCGCGAGGCGACGUCGCCGCCCAAGAGGAAGCCCCCGAAGGCGAAGCGGAAAAAGGGGGCCGUGCGGCGCGCCAACGACGAUCCCAAACGGCGGCGCGCCGCCGAGAGCGGCAGCGAAAGCGACAAGGAGAGCGACGACAAAGACUCUGAGUCUGGCGGCAGCGGCAGCGGGAGCGGCAGCACGUCGAGCCGGCGCGGCGUCGGGGGGCGGGCGCGGGGACGGCGCGCGGGGCGGGGCGGAGGGCGAGGCGGGCGGCGGCGGGAGGAGCCGCCCCCGCGCCGCGCGCCCUCCGCGCCCCGCGCCAAGCCCGCGCCCGACUCGUUUCUGCAGAACGGGCCGUGCUUCGAGGUGGCGCCGCGCCUGGCCAAGUGCCGCGAGUGCCGCUGGUCGCCCGCGCAGCGUGACAAGGACAUGCUCAACAUAUUCUGCCGCUUCUACGCUUUCCGAAGACUGAAAUACGCCAAAAAUAGGCAAUUAGCUAUAGCCGGAUUUUCGGAUCCCUACAAGGACGCCGAAGAGGAUGAUAAGAAGUUAUGGUUAUCGGCGUCGCCGGGCGCCGCGGAGUUAGACAUAGAGAUGAGUUGCUUCCUACUGCGAGAGAUCGGAGACCAGUUCUGUCAAUUAAUACAACAGGAGAAGGAAGCGGAGUCACAUCAUCUAAAUGAAGACAAGACGAUAGCGUGGAAGCGCGUGGUGCAGGGCGUGCGCGAGAUGUGCGACGUGUGCGAGACCACGCUGUUCAACUUCCACUGGACGUGCGGCAAGUGCGGCUUCGUCGUCUGUCUCGACUGCUACAAGCAAAGAACGUCCGGUGAAGCUGGCAACACAACAAGUGAGACCAACAACACAAACAACGUCACAACCAACGGAGAGAGAGAUUCUUUCGGCUGGUUACUAUGCACGUCGGGGGCGGCGCACCCCGCGCGGCGGUUACUGCUGACGCAGAUAGCGGCGGGCGGGGCGCUGGCGGCGGCGGCGGCGCGGGCGCACGCGGCGCGCGCGGCCUUCGCCCUCCCGCCCUGCGCCUGCGGACACCAGCCACCUGUCGACGCGGAGAAGAAGGCCGCUGCGAGGAGGUUACUCAGCGAUGCGCUAAAUAAGAACGUUAAGAAAGAGGAAGUUAAAGAGGAGAAUACGAACGGCUCGCCCGUCAAGUCGGAGAACGGCAAGACCGGCAUCAGCUGGCUGACGGACGUGCCGAUGAAGGACACCAAAGACGAAAAGUCCGACUCCAGCUCGUCCGACUCCGACGAGGGGAACUACUCCACGCUCCGAGAGCUGCUCAUCCGUCCCGCGCCCGAGGGGGAAGCGACGCCCAAGAAGAAGCAGAAGAAGAACAACGACCUUCUAGACGAAGUCAUCUCCAGCAUAAUCGAUAAGAAGGACGAUAACGAUAAACCGUUCGCGAUAUCGGACGCGGUGAAGCGAUACGAUCGCGCGGCGGGCGCGGAGCUUCCCACUCGUAUUAUGACGCUGACAGAGUCCAAGCUAUUGUACCCCGACGUGCCGCACGCCUGGCUGUGCGACGGCAAGCUGCUGCAUCUCACUGAUCCGGCGCAUCCCGGCAACUACAAGCCGUUCCAGGACCAGUGGAAGCUGGGCCAGCCGGUGCUGGUGUCGGACCUGUCGACGCUGCUGGACCGCGGGCUUUGGUCUCCCGAGUCCUUCUCCCGCGACUUCGGCGACACGCGCGUCGACCUCGUCAACUGCGCGUCCGGCCUCGUGGUGCCCAACCAGCCCGCCCGCAAGUUCUGGGACGGUUUCGAGCUGGCCGGGGAGCGGCUGCGCGACGAGCGCGGCGCCCCUAUGGUGCUCAAGCUCAAGGACUGGCCGCCCGGCGACGACUUCGCCGAGCUCCUGCCCGCGCGUUUCGACGACCUCAUGCGCGCCCUGCCCCUCGCCGAGUACACCUCGCGCGCCGGCCGCCUCAACCUCGCCGCGCGCCUGCCCGACUGCUUCGUGCGCCCUGACCUCGGCCCCAAGAUGUACACCGCGUACGGCGGCGCCGGCGGCACCACCAACCUGCACCUCGACGUGAGCGACGCCGUCAACGUGAUGGUGCACGCCAGCGCGCCCGCCGACGCGCCCGAGCGGGCGCGCGAGGCGCAGCGCGCGGCCGACGAGGCCGGCGUGGACGUGCUGUCGCGGAGGCGCGCGCGCCAGCGGCCGCCCGCCGCGCUGUGGCACAUCUACGCCGCCAGGGACGCAGACAAGAUCCGCGACUUCCUAGUGCGCGCGGAGCUGGAGCGCGGCGCGCGCCCGCGGCCGCAGCACGACCCCGUGCACGACCAGACCUGGUACCUGGACGCCGCGCUGCGCCGCCGCCUGUACGACGAGUACGACGUGGAGGGGUACGCCAUUCUGCAGUGCCCGGGCGACGCCGUGUUCGUUCCCGCCGGCGCGCCGCACCAGGUCCGCAAUCUGCUCGACUGCAUCAAGGUGGCCGAGGACUUCGUGUCGCCGGAGAACGUGUCGCGCUGCUUCGAGCUGGCGCAGCAGUUCCGCCGCCUGUCGCGUGCGCACGCCAACAAGGAGGACAAGCUGCAGAUAAAGAACAUCGUCUACCACGCGGUCAAGGACUCGCUGUGCUGCCUCGAGGAGGCGCUGGCGGCGUCACAGUGACGCGCGGCGACGCGCAGCCCUGACGCGCCGCACUGACGGCAUUUGAUCUCAACUUCGAACGUAACGUUAGCUAAGUUCCGCAUUUACCGUAAGAUUGGAGCGAGUGUCGGCCGCGCGCGGCCGGAGCGAGUGCAAUGUAAAUUAGUCUGAAUAUGGUGAUAUCGAGAUGUGGAUAUGUUUUAUGUUCCUUAAUCGAAAUACAAAAACUCUUCUGAUUAUUGUAGCAGCUUAAGUAGUUAUAGUGUUAUGUAUGUAAUGUGUACAUUUUUUAAUUCGAAUUCCAUCGAGUGCAUACUGAGAGUUACGUUUAAGUUAUUGUAUUGAAGUGAACGUAUUCGCUGGAAGCGUUGUACAUUGAACGAAGCGCGUGUAGAUAAGUUUCUCCUAUAUUAGAUUUCUCAAUUUGGUCGGUAAUGAAAGUGAAUAGUUAAACGAGAAGCGACAAUUUUAUUUUGUCCUUAUUAACUGUAUUAGAAGAAAACGAGUUUUUUUUUGUACUGUGUAUAUUAUGUAUGGUUAUAAGUUGGAAUAAAAAAGAUGUUUAUAUUAAAA